GUUGACAGGGCAAAAGCAAAAGCAGUAAGUAAAAGAGAGAUUUAUUUUUAAAACGUAGCCAUAUUUGUUUGUCUCUACUAUUUCAAGAUUUUCAAGUUGCUUUGUAUGUUAAUCAGAAAUAUAUUUAUCUAAAAUCAACAUGAAUAUGAUACCAGCUUCAGAUGAGGAUGAUGAUAUAGAAAGUCUUAGAAGGGCAGCUUUGCACUCAUUAAAGAAAAAGCAUUCAUUUUCAGGCACACAACACGGCUUUUAUUACCCAAAUUUUCGAGGUGGAAGAAGGGGAUCAAAAAGUGGCAAUUUUAAUGGGGUUAGAAGUACCAAUUUAAUCUCCCUGACUCAUGUUCAACCCAUCUCAGAGCCAAAGAAUGAAUCGCCUACUAAAGAAGAAGAUGGUUCCAGUAAAUUUAAUAGGUAUAAUAAAUCUGAUAGAUCAGGCAGUGAAUCUGAAGAGGACCCUUUAGUUGGAAUUAGUUCAGUAGCUGAUGUGAAAAAAUCUGAUAGCUUAGAUGAACUCAUGCAAGAGUUAGAUAGUCAGAUUGGAGGUACACCUAAUAUAGAUACAGAUAAGGAUCUCUUAGAAAAGACAAAUAAAGAGGGAGAACAGUCUUUAGAACAACCAGAACAAUCUCAGCCCCAAGUAAUUACAGUUGUAAAUAUGAGCAAAAGUAACCCUAUCAUUAUAAACCCAAGUCAAGAUAUACCAGGGUUAGAAGAACAUUUUUCAAACCCUGCACCACCUGGAACUAUGAGAAAACGUCCUAGGUCAAGAUCACCAUUUGGAAGAAAUCGUUUCCGUAAAAGACAACACAAAUUUUUUCCACCUAUGAUACCACCUCAGCCUAUUAUGCCUUUUAUUCCUCCGGAACAUUUUCAGCCACAAUUAUUACCAUUUAUCCCACCCAUGCAAGAACCAAUAUUUAUACCUCAAGGUUUUAACAUGAUCCCACAACCUGCUCCUCCUCCUUAUUUUGAGAGACCUCUAUCACCUCUGGCUAUUAACACGGAAUCUCUUACGACAGCUACGAUGGCGCCUUUAUCUCCUAGAAGUGCCGCUUUCGUUAUGCAGAAUAAAGCGAUAAUUGAGAAAAGGCGACGAUCUCCUAGAAGGUCGUAUUCUAGAAGCCCUUCUCGCAGUUUAUCUCGUAGCCCAAGAAGAUCGUUGUCACCAAGAAGACGAUCAAUGACGCCUCCUAGACGAUUUAGAAGAUCUGCCUCUCCAAGACGAUUUUCAAGAUCGCCAAGAAGAUUUUCACCUUCAAGGAAACGAUCUCUGUCGCCAGUGAAACGACGAUCUGAUUCUCCCAAAAGAAAAGUCACAGAGAAUCCUCCACAACAAAAUAAAUCAACCAUAUACAAUAGAUUGGGUCUUAAAUCAGACAAGCCAGAAGAAAACAAGGAAAUACCAAGAGAAAAAGAAAUGCUUGCAGAAGUUAAAGAAGAAGAACUUCUGGAUCCAGUACUUGCAGCAAGAAAAAAGAAGUUUGAAACUAACGAGAUUAAGAAGAAAGAAGGAAUAAUUAGGUUAAAACCGAAGGAGGACAAACCGAAAGAAGAGGAACAAAAUUUGAUCGAAGAAAGUAAAGUAGAAAUUAAAGAUCAGAAAGAGCAUGAGUUAGAAAUAAAAUUACAAAAGGAAGAUAAGCUGGAAGACAAUAUUUUAAAAGAGCAUAAGCCAGAAGUAGCAAAAAGACUAAAAGAAGAUAAGCCAGGAGUAAUAAAAAAGCCUGAAUUGAAGAAAACAACACCCAAAACUACUAGCGUACAAAAAAAAUCAGCUACAACCACUAGUAAAACGACAAACACUGUACCAACAGCAAAACCGACUACUACUUCUACAACUUCCAAGUCAGCCCAAACAGAAACUGCUGAUGCAGUUUCUAAAUCUAAUAAAACAGUAGAAGUUAAAAAGACAGAAGAAAAACCUAAAGAUCCUAUAAUUUCAUCAAAGAAUACUGUAGAAGAUGAUCCUGAUGAAUUUAAAGAGCUAGAAAGGCUUCUUUUUGAUGAUAAUGCUACUAUAGAUGAAAUAUUAGAUCAUAAAGUAGAAGAUAUAUUUUCAGACGAAGAAUCUGCCAGUGAUAAUGAAGGUAGAUUCAAAGCAAAGGAGAAAAAAGAUGAGAAGAAAGUGCCAGUGCUUUCAUUUAGCAAAUUAGUAAAUGGGACUAAACCAGAAAUAAAGGCUGAACCAUUACCUGAUUCUUCAAAAUCUUCAAAUAAUAGAUACCAAAACAGGUAUGCUGAUAGAAGACCCAGGACACAGCCAACUCCAAAGCCACCAUCUAAAAUUGAAGUACAAAAAGAAAAGAAAGAGAAGAUAACUGCUCCUCCUGUUGAACAAAAGCCCGCUAGACAAAAAAUAACUUUAUUGACUGAGAAGAAAGCCCCUCGUCCGAUAAAACAAGAUCGCAAAAUCGAGAUUAAGAUAAAGAAUCCGUCAAAAUAUGAAAAGGGCGCCAAACCAAAAUCUAAAGCAGAAUCUAGUGUUCCAAUUCAGAAAAUUAUUGUACCUAUUCGAGAUGACUCUGAUGACAGCUCAGAUGAAGAAGUUAUUAUAGAAUCGGACGAGACUUCUAUAGAUGAUGAAGAUGAUGAUACUUACGAUGAUGAAGAGACAGUGAGAGGAGGUGACCUCAGAGCUCAGCUAAGUAGAAAAAGAGCUGAAAAACUGAAACUUCCAUCUGCUGAGGUUUCAAGCAGGAUCUUGCAGUACGCCUUACAAGGUGCGAUUUUUAAGAAGGCAAAGAAAAAAUCAAAGAAGAAGAGUUUAUCCAGCAGCGAUUCAAAAUUACCGAUCCAUUACAGACUUGGCCUAACGAGUCCGCAGGAUUUCCUCGAAGAUUUUCAAGUGAAGAAAAAGAAAAAGCGAAAGAACCGACAUUUACUCGAGCAGGUAUAACAACCUCUCAUCUUGCUGCGCCCUCAUCUAUUUCUGGAAGAAACCUCAACUCUCGAGUGUGUUACAGACUGUUUAUGUACUAUAUAAUAUAGUGUUACAUAUAAAAUUAUUGGAUUUAUUAUGUAUUGUAGGAUGUACAUGAUUUAAACGCAAUUCUUUAUAAUGUUUACUUUUAAGUCCUUUUUUGUUAGACACAAUUCCUAGCUUUAAGCUUUAAAUUUUGCAGUUUCUUGGAAAACUGUUGAUGUAUUUCACCAGAAAAAAAAAAACAAAAAUAUAAAUUAAGUUUAAAGUGUAAUAUACGUGUUUUAUAUUAUAUGUUGAAUAUAUUUUAUUUAUUAAAAAUGAUAUUAA